UCUUCCACACAUACUCUUUGGCUUAUUUGCUUUGGGCUACGGGAAAUGCUCUCAGUCACAGUGUUUUCGAAGUUGCACUAGUAACGCGCGCUCCCGAGUUCGUGGCGUGCGCCCUCCUGCUGCGUGCUUGUGUUAGUGGUGCGCGCGCUUGUUCACUCGCUCGCGGAGGCGGUCGGGUCGAUUUACUUUUCAUUCGUUGUAUCUAUAUGAUUCAGUAAAAAAAAAUAAAGCAUCGGACCGCACUCUGGGGGCUUUAAUUUUGUUUUAAUCUUGGAUUUAUUACACUCGUUACAGGACGGACAGCAACCUACUGCCCGACACUUGGAGAUAUUAAAAUGUCCACUGAAGGGCAGAGAGUUGAUGACAGCCCCAGUACCAGUGGAGGUAGUUCUGAUGGAGACCAGCGUGAAGCUGUUCAGCAGGAACCAGAGAGAGAACAGGUUCAGCCCAAGAAAAAAGAGGCAAAAAUUUCAAGCAAGACUGCAGCCAAACUGUCAACUAGUGCUAAAAGAAUUCAGAAAGAACUUGCUGAGAUCACACUGGAUCCUCCUCCUAACUGCAGUGCUGGCCCUAAAGCAGACAAUAUUUAUGAAUGGCGGUCAACGAUUCUGGGCCCUCCUGGUUCAGUGUAUGAAGGAGGAGUCUUCUUCCUAGAUAUAACUUUCUCUCCCGACUACCCUUUCAAACCACCAAAGGUAACUUUCCGAACGAGAAUUUACCACUGCAAUAUUAACAGCCAGGGCGUUAUAUGUCUAGAUAUCCUAAAAGAUAACUGGAGUCCAGCGCUGACCAUCUCCAAGGUGCUACUUUCCAUCUGUUCGCUUCUCACAGACUGCAACCCUGCUGACCCCCUUGUCGGUAACAUUGCUACACAGUACCUGACUAACAGAGCAGAGCACGACAGAAUAGCCAGACAGUGGACCAAAAGGUUUGCCACAUAGGAAUCUACAAGUGGACCCCCUUCCCAUCAGACUUACUACCAUCCUACACCAACCCGACCUGUACAAGCACAUUCACAAAGUUUAAAAACAGCUUUUUUCCUACUCCUCUCCAUCGAUGAACCCUUGUAUGAAGAAUGUUCUUACUUAUUUACUGACUUUUGGAAAACUCCUUUUUCCCAAACAAAAUGUAUUUUUUUUUUAAUGCAAAAAAUAUUGACUGUAAUAGUGCUUUAUUAUCACAUAGCUUUGUAUUAUUGUGCGUAUCCUUCCUUUUAUGUGGUCCAUGGAAGAGAUUUUGAAUAUAUCUUGCUUUCUACUUAAAUGUAGUAUUUAGGAUUAAUAUUUUGUACUGAAGUCUUUCAUGGUGGGUGCAUGCUACUGGGAUCAAGAUUUAUAUAAAGUUUCAAUCAACAAUCACUGUGCAUUACAAAGACUGUGUUUAUCACUAGCCUUUUAUUUGCUUUUAUUUUUCCCCAAGAAGUAAAAGGCUAAUGAUCAAAGCAAAUAAAUCAUAAAUUCUCCAGAUCUACAGUGAAGAAGUUAAGUACUUGUAAAUUUCUUGGGAACUUGCGACUUUUGACUGUGGAUCAGUUGAUGUAUACUUGUAUUAUUAAAGCACUCAAUAAAACACUGUGGCUGAUAGGGCAAUUGCUUUGCCAAA